AUGGAGGCCCUCUCCCUCUCGAAGCUCGCGAGAUUCCGAAUGCCGGACGAGGCUCUUUGCUAUCGUGACAUUCCUCCGUCGACGCCUCUUUUCACUAUCAAAGCAAGCUCAUUGCUCAACUGCCGGACACUUGGCCCGCACUACCCUCCAGGCCUCAGUGCGGCUCAAUUGGUAUCCCUCCAUCUGUGUGUUUAUCGUCGCAUGAGCGAUCCUAUCUUCGGCCUGUACCUGGCCACGCUCCCUUGCGACUUCGAUACACACCCUCUAACAAGUUACGUCGAGAAUGGCGAAUCCCCAUCUCUUCCUCCCUCCGUAUCGAAGUCGCUUCUUGAGCUGAACGGACGAUUUGUGAAGGAUUGGGAUCAGAUUGCGUGGGGCCAGAGAGAACAGCAGACCGUCCUCUCGAGCAAGCAUCCCAUCGUCGACUCAGAAUCCUUUGAAGGCACACUCAAAUCCGAUUUUCUCUGGGUAAACACCCGCUGCGUCUAUCACCGCCUCAAGAAGACGCGCGCGGAUCCAGAUAAUUUCACGCUCUGUCCGAUCCUGGAUUUUGCGAAUCACACUGUUUCGGGACCAACGGCGCGGCCUCGUCUAACGGAGGCGGAAAGAAACGACGCUGCCCCGAUAGCCAAGCUCGGGGAGGCACUCACCUUGUUGUCACCGACGACACCGAUAUGCGCUGGAGAGCAGAUGUAUCUGACAUAUGGCCCUCAUUCAAACCGGAGAUUGUUUGUAGAAUAUGGUUUCGUCAUUCCGUGCUCACCGGGGGAUCCUCGAGCAGAGGUCGACGUGGACGAUCUUGUGGAGCCGCUUUUCAACGAUGAGAAGAAGCGGGUGUUGCAAGAUGUCGAAUAUUGGGGCGACUGGAUUUUGGACGCGGGACCUGCGGUAUCUUUCCGACUGAUCACGGCGCUGCGCCUGCUGCACUGCGACACUAGUUCCUCCGUUCUAUGGCACGACACGCUCACAGGAGCCCGCGACAUUGUAUCGGACGAUAACGAAAUCGCUUGGAAACGCACUGUACUAGAUGUUUGCACUAGCAUCUUAGAAAGAGCAGCAAAGCGCCCAAAUCCCAUUGGUGUAGAUAGUGUGGACAGCCUGUGGUUGGAGGAGGAGACCGUGGCCCAGGCAAUAUGUGACUAUCUCGUAAAUCAGAUCACAUGACCGUGUAAUCCGA